AUGUUUUCAGAUCCUUAGUUCCAUCCUUUAAAGAGAUUGGUUUAUACUAAUUUAACUAUCUAAGAAACAGAACGCAUUGACAUUUCAUCUAUCUUGUAUAUUUCCAUUAUUAAUCUUAAAAGGAAUAUUUAUGUUCAUAAAUACCAUGGGCAUUCUUUACUUAGAGAUGAUGUCUUCUUAAUGUUAGCAAUUAGUAUAAUAAUCAAAAAAAGAAUGAAAAAAUUAAAAUAAUAGAUUAUUGAAGCCAAAGAAUCCAUUUUCAAUAAUACUAAUAGUAAAGACUAAAAGUUAGUUACUCCAAUUCCAAAAAAGCGAAAAGUUUAAAAAUAAAGAAGAGAACAGAUAGUUGUUGAUAAUUAAUUAAUCAAAUUACCCAAUUAUUUCUCAUAAACUUAAAGUGAAAUUUAAUUUUAUAUUUUAGAUUCUUAAUUGGCUAAAGAAGAAUCAAUCUUAUUACCAGGCAGUCAAUAAACUUCUUAUCAUUCAUAAUAGUAAAUUAUGUAAAUUGAGGAGGAAGGAAUUGCUCCUGAAUAAAUUUUUGUCCCAGAUUAUAGAGAUUUGCUUAAAAAUUAAAUUUUUAUGCAAUAAAUACAUUAAAAUGAAGAAAAUAUAUUUAAAACUGAAGUAAAACAAGCUAAUAUAGAAAAUGGUGUAGUUUAUAAUUUGUAUUUAUAAAUGUUAGAAUAAUUGCAAAUUAGUAUAGAUGCUGAAAGUGUAUGCAAUGAAGAAUGUGAAACCAAACAAAACACUAGAAAGAAAAUAAAAGUCUAGAUGGAUCAAGGAAUAAAAAAAUAAAAGAUUCAAAAUUAUAAAAGUCAAUUCUAUGAAUUAGAAGAUGAAGAAUCUCAUUUAUUGUAAAAACUAGAAUCAUAUCUUAUUAAUGAGUAUAAGGUAUAACAUUAGGAUUAGUUAAUUAAUUAAGAUGAAAUGCUUCAAUAAAUAUUCUAAUGUCUUAAUGAUUCUAAUUAUUAAAACCAAUUGUUAUCUAUGAUUAGUAUAAUGAAUCCAGAAGAAAUAUACUUAAAUCAAUCAUGUGAAAGUAAUAAUAAAUCUAAUGUGUCUGUAAAAUCUGUUCUCAGAAGUAGAAACUUGAGUGAAGACUCUAAUAAAAGUAUGAAGAGGAUACACUUUAUAGAAGAAUAACAUUUAGAAGAAAUAUAAGAGGAGAUAUCUAAUCACUAUACUACUUCAAUGUCAUUAUUUUAAGAGAAAUCCAGUUAUGACAAGGCUUUGUAAUUUUAUCAUUAUCUUUGUGAUGCAUAAACUUUAACUAAUUUCAAGAUCACUUAGUAGAAUGUUGAAAAGUUUGGACCUAUAAGUAUUUAAUAUAAAUGA